AUGAACUUUAAUCGUCAAUCUCCUCUAAUGCUUGCUUUUUUUUUUGGUUACUUGCAACAACGAUGGAAUGAUAAAGCCCUUCCUAUAUCUUCGUUUGCGAAAUCUAAUCACGAUGAUGAUGAGCUAUCUCGUCCUCUCUCCACUUAUACCUCCUUAUCGCUGAUAAAAUCGCCGGUGAAAUACUUGCAUACCUUAAUGAGAUUGCGAGCUAUACUGGUGGAUGGAAACUUAUACCCCCGGGGCAAUAUAAAAGCGCCAACAAACGCAUUCUUGGCAUUUUUAAAGAAAUCUUCUUGGUCGAAGAUCAAAUCAGUGCCUCCUCUAUCUCGCUCAACUCGAGGAUUGACUGUGUUUUUAAAAGGACCAGAUCAUCCUAUUCCACCUUUUCAUUUCACUAUCAAAUAUAGUUGCUAUACUUCUACUACUGAAUAA